UUCUAGUGUAGUUGUCCAAUGACAUGUUUUUAAUUUGUUUGAGGCAUAUGACUUAUCAAUUUUAACAAUUGGUCAUUAGUUAAUUUUAAAUUAGUCACUGCCUAAUUUUUUCUGCAAUAAACUCUGAAUGUAUACUCUGAUUGUAUUAUUUUAUUUAUAUUUACUUGAAGGUAUACCAUAUGGUGUUCAAUCACGAUUUCUACCUCUUAUAUUUCGCAAUAAAGGUCUCUCACUUACUUCAUUAGGUCUACAUAAACUCCUUCAUAUUCCUUGGCUACUUAAAAGCUUUUAUGCUCCGGUAAUUGACAGACAUGUGAACAAAAGAGUGUGGUUAUUUAUCACUUUCAGUGGUUUGUUUUUUUGCACAGUCUUAUUACUUCACGAAUGUGAACAAUUGGUCAGUGGAAACAAUUAUUUCAUGUUCACUAUUUCUUCUUGUCUUUUUAUGUAUAAUUUUUGGGCAGCUUCACAAGACAUUACUGUUGAUUCACUGACCUUGUCCACCUUAACAUCGAGUCAAAUCUCUUUAGGGAAUACUAUACAAGUUGUUGGCUACAAAUGUGGAGCUAUUAUUGGCGGUGGAUUUCUUGCUUGGUUAUCAGCUUUUGUAGAAAUCAGUUAUCUUUUCAUAUCACUUAGUUGCUUAUAUGCUAGUGGGAUGUGCUUUUGUUUGAUCGGAAAGUAUUGGAAAUUUUGUAAUGUAAAACAAUUUCACGAAAAAACGUAUAUUCAAGUAAAUGAGAAUGAGAAUUCAGACGAUGAACAAAAUUUAACUAUUGUGUCAAAACGAUAUUCGUACACAAAAGCCUUCAAAAUUGCCCUGGGUCAUUCAGGUGGUUCACGUUGUCUUAUUGUUCUUCUGUUGAUUUAUAAACUUGGAGAGCAAGGAUCUAUGAAUAUGCUACCUUUGAUGCUUUUAGAUAGAGGAUUUUCUCUAUCUAAAGUUGGAUUUUGGACAGGUGUUGUUGGACAGUUGGCAUCUAUAAUUGGGUCUACAUCUGGAUACUAUAUCCAGAAAAAGCUCAGAUCUCCACUAACUUCAGUUCUAAGCCUGAUGAUAAUUCGGGCUUGUUUACAAUUCCCUCUAACAAUGAUUGCUUUCAAAUCUAUUUGGAUAAGUGCACCUAACGUUUAUUUCUGGAUAGGUUGUUCAUUAAUGAAUAUUUUACUAGUUGUGAGUGGAGGGAUUACAACAAUUAUGUUCACGUUGAUGAUGCAUUGUACAUGUUCUGAAUCAUCUAAAGCCUAUCAAGCAACUCAUUAUUCUAUAUUAAGUACAGCAGAAUUAUUGGGAAAACUUUUAUUUGGUACAACAGCCGCAUAUUUUACAGAUGUAUUCGGAUAUGGAGUUGCUUAUUUGUGCUUUUUAAUUUUAUCUAUACUUCCAAUUCUAUAUGUUUACAAAUGUUCUGGGAAAUUUCGAUUUUCUCCCUAAAUGGUUAUUUAACUAGGUAAGUUUUUUUUUUUCAGUUCAGUCAAAUAUUGAAUAAAAAAUAUUUUACCUUGGCAUUCGGCUAUAAUUAUCGGUCAGUUCAAGACUUGUAACCAUUUGUUCAUAUAUUGUAGGGUAACACGUUCUCAUAAGCAAUCCUAUUCCUUCACUAAUGAAAACAAAUUAAGAGUGUUUUGAGCUUGCAAUUACCUUAGGUGGAUUAAUUCAGUAAUGAAAUUAUGCAGAAAAAAAAUAAAAAUUAGGCUUCGCCUUUUUUGCCGAAUUUUUUAUAAAAAACAACAAAAUAGAAUUGCAGCAUCGAUGUGUGUUGUGAAUCAUUUUCAAGCUAAGAUUUUCGAAAAAGAAUUGUAUACAAUGAUUCAGAUUUAUGUACACUUUCGUAUCCGCCUAAGUUUGUCUUCGUUUUCCAUCAAUUAUAUGCGUUACUAGUCUAUGAACAUGGUAAUUAGUGUCAGACAUUGUCCUUCACAUGUCAUUUGAUAACCCUGUUUUAUAUUUGAUUCCUAAAUAAAUUGUAAAAUUAGCUCAUAUCCAUCCUUCAAAAUUCAAAGGGUAUGAUGUUUAGCUACGUACUUUAAUAAAAUCCACGUUCAACCCAAAUGUUGUCAGCAAUAAGAGAGCUUGUGAACCAAUUUAUAUGUAUCAUGGUCAUUGUAAAAACUAAAUUAUGUUUCAAAC